AAGACUAAGAUCGAAGGCAUCGAACUCGACAUUCUGUUCGCCAGACUCGCGCUGAAGAACAUUCCUCAGGAUCAGGACCUGCGCGACGGGUCUCUGCUCAAGAAUCUGGACGAGAAGAGCGUGCGGUCGUUGAACGGGUCGCGCGUGACGGACGACAUUCUGCUUCUGGUGCCGAAUCACGAGUCCUUUCGUCUGGCGUUAAGAGCCGUCAAAUUGUGGGCCAAAAGACGCGGAAUCUAUUCCAACGCUUUGGGAUAUUUGGGGGGCGUGUCGUGGGCAAUGCUGGUCGCGCGCACGUGUCAACUGUAUCCGCGCGCAUCGGCGGCCACUUUGCUGCAGAAGUUCUUUCUGGUGUUCCGUCAGUGGCCGUGGCCUAAGCCGGUGCUCCUGCGCCACAACAGCGACGACAACCCGAGUCUGGGGUUCCCGGUGUGGGACCCGCGCACUAAUGUGGCCGACAGAUACCACUUGAUGCCAAUCAUCACGCCU